AUGGAUUGUUUUAUAUUUUUUAAUAAGGACUGUUUUGCCUUCACAAUGUUUGGGGACCUAUUUGAAGAGGAUUUUUCCUUUGUUUCAAACAAUCAUUGUGGAAAAGGGAAGAAAUCAAAGCCCAGAGAUUCUGAGCCUCCAGCUCCCAGGGAUUUCACCAACCUAAGUGGUAUCAAAAAUCAGGGUGGGACCUGCUACCUCAAUUCCCUUCUGCAGACUCUUCUUUUCACACCCGAAUUUAGAGAGGCGCUGUUCUCUCUAGGACCUGAAGAACUUGGGACUCUGGAUGAUAGUGGUAAACCAGAUGCAAAGGUUCGUAUAAUUCCAUUACAACUUCAACGGUUAUUUGCUCAGCUUCUGCUCUUGGACCAGCAGGCUGCAUCUACAACAGACCUUACCGAGAGCUUUGGGUGGAACAGCCAUGAGGAAAUGAGGCAGCAUGAUGUGCAGGAAUUGAAUCGAAUUCUGUUCAGUGCUUUGGAAACUUCCCUUGUGGGGACUUCGGGUCACGACCUUAUUAACCGAUUGUACCAUGGGAUUGUUGUCAACCAGAUAGUUUGUAAAGAGUGCAAGAAUAUCAGCGAGAGACAGGAAGAUUUCUUAGACCUAACAGUGGCGGUAAAAGGUGUUGCUGGCUUGGAGGAGGCCCUGUGGAACAUGUAUGUAGAAGAAGAGUACUUUGAAAAUGAGAACUUGUAUUGGUGUGGAGCCUGUGAUAAACUUGUUGAAGCUUCAAAGUCUGCUAAACUACGCAAGUUGCCACCCUUUCUCACCAUCUCUCUCCUGAGAUUUAACUUUGACUUCAAGAAGUGUGAACGAUACAAGGAAACGAGCUGCUACACGUUCCCUAUCCAGAUUAACUUGAGGCCUUUUUGUGAGCAGACUGAAAUGGAUGAUUCAGAGUACAUGUAUGAGCUCUUCUCUGUUAUUAUACAUAAAGGUGGCUGCUAUGGAGGACACUAUCAUGUUUAUAUCAGAGAUGUGGAUGAAUUAGGAAACUGGCAGUUACAUGAAGAAGAGGACAGGCUCAUUGAAGAUAAGGCUUUAAGAGAUACUGAAAAUGCCAAAGACGUAGAGAAUCCACUGGCAAUGUUGAAAGGGAUUUUGGCAGAGGAAGAAUCAAAACAAAUUCCCGUGGAUCAAUUAGGGCAGAAGUUAUUGGAGAAAAAAGGAGUGUCCUGGAAUAAGAAAUACCGAAAACAAUAUGGAGCGUUACGAAAGUAUUUGCAGAAUCAUCCUCAGAUAUUUCAGUUCAGUCCUGAUGAAAAUAAGGUUGGUCUGAAGGAAAAACACAAGCUCCCAUUUAAGUCAGAUUCUCAAGGACAAGAUCUCCAAAGCCUUGCUCAGAAGAACGGCAUCCAGUGGGAUUCAGGAAAAAAACCUACAAAGCUAAGGAAUAGUUCUGCUGGUUGCCAUUGGUUUGAUCUGAAUGAUUCCAAAGUCCAGCCAAUCAAGGAGAAGGAUAUUGAGAAACAAUUUCAGGGCAAAGAGAGUGCCUACAUGCUGUUUUAUCGAAAAUCUCAGUUAAAAAGACCACCUGAAGCGCGAGGAAAUCCAAGGUACCAAAUUCCUGAACACCUUCUGAAUGAAAUGAAUGCUGCUAAUACUGAGCUGCAAAAAAAGAGAGCGGAAUGUGACUCAGCAAACAAUGGCAUUGAUUUACACCUCCAUUUGAGCUCAUGUUAUAAAUUUCAUAAUGGGGCUUUGCAUCCUUCACUUACUUGGAAAGAAAGUGUUGUGGAUUUGACUAUUGACAGAAGAAAAACUCUAGGAGAUCUUCAACAAUCGGUAUUCCAGAUGUUGGAAUCUUGGGAAGGAGACAUGAUUCUCAGUAUUGCCAAGCCUUUACCUGCAGGACUGCAUCUUUACCAAGUACUUGAAGGGCGUGAGCUGACACUGGAUGGCAUUGGGCUGGCUGAUGGAGCGGACAUCUUUGUGUGGAAUGGGAAAGAGGUUGGUGGUACAAAGGUGAUGACAGGCCCUGAUCAUGAACCUGUGGUCAUAAAUGUUCUUCGUUUAGCGGAGUAUAAUGAAGGAGGGAAGGGUCAGCAUUUCACAGAGUCGCAGCACGUCUUUUCAUGCAGCACAAAACUGGGUGAUCUGCGCAGAGCCUUGGCACCAUCAGGAGGAAUCAUCUUAAAGAAUGGCUCAGGACCAGAUAAAGAAGCCAAGAACUGGGAAGUUUUUCUUGAAGAAGAUAUGAAGGAAACAGUCAGAAGUGUUGGUCUGAUGGAUGGAUGCUCUGUACUAAUCUUAGACAGCCAUGAUCAGAGCUUCGUGAAUGUAUCAAGUGGCAAUUUGACUGCUUUUACAUAUGACAUCAGCUGGCUCCAAGUUAAAAACUUCUGCAGAACGGAUGACGAAGAGAAACUCGUUAAAAUUACUGCCACUGUUGAAACAGUGAUGUCAGAUAUCAAAAUGAAAGCGAUACGGGAGCUUCAGCUAGAGGAGGAACUAGCAAAUGACAGCUGCCUUAGACCUGUUAGUGGAAAUGGGAAACUUCUUUCUCCAGUGCCUGAGGAUUAUACCGUCAAAGAAGCGGAACUGAAAAUGGGAAGCUUGCUAGGGCUGUGUCAUGGGAAAGCUCCAACUUCCACUCAGCUCUUCUUGUAUUUUAUUGUUGGGAGUGACCAAAAUGCGAGCCCUGAGAUGGAGAUUGUUGUGGAAGAGACUGCCUCUGUCAAAGAGUGUCUAAAUUUAAUGCUGGAAAAAUCUGGAUUAUCAGGUGACAGCUGGCAUUUAAGAAGGAUUGACUGGUGCUAUGAAGCAGGGGAAGCAUUAAGUCAAGAAAAUGCCACUCUGAAGGAACUUAAUGUUUGCAGAGGAGAUACCUUAGUUAUAACUGAAGGAAAGCUUCCACCAAAGGGUGUCCUGAAAAUACCCAUCUGGUGGUUCAAGUCUUCAAGUCCUAUGAAAAACGGAGAACAUGCACGAGACCAAGUGAAUGGCUUGACCUGUAAGAUGGAUGCCUUGGAGGUGUCUCCUGCAGGAG